UAUGUGAAAAAAAAAUCAAGACUCUGAAAUGCAAAUUUUAAAAACAAUUUCUGUGGUAGUUUAUAAAAAAUUUUUACCCUUAAUAAUUGUCUUCCGACGGCAAUAAUUGACAUUAGCGGAGGAAUUUGCUUCAGUACGGUUUUAUAAGUCCAUCGACAUCGUCCCUGUUGUUUUUUGAGUGUUAAAGUGCCAUCGAAUUAAGUUUUUUUUAAAUAAAUUUAUAGUCUGGUAUCGGGUUUUGGAAAAUAUAUAAAUUUUUACGAAAAGGAAAGCAUUGAAUAAGUUUUUCGCUUCAAUUAAUAUCAAUAUGUCUAUUGAAAAUCAAAUGAAGAUACUCACUGGCAGAUCUGAAAAUUACAAGCGUGCUUUACAGCAUGCUGAAAUAAUGAAGAAUGUGACAGAACCGCCAAUGAUGCUUGACAGUUGGACACAAACCGCAAGCAGUGAUUUUGAUCAUUUAUUCAAUCAAUACUGUGAAAAAUAUGAAAGCCAAUUCGUUGAAGAUUUACGCGAAAAAGUACGCGUUCUAGAGGAAGAACUUAAAAAGAAAACUGGAAUUGUCCCCGACGUUCGUCUACCGCAAUCAGCAGUAAAUCCACCACAAGCUGUACAUUUAAAGCACGAUAAUUAUCUAUUGUAUCAAAAUUGCCAAACAGCCUACAAUAACAUUCAAACAAUCAGCCCACAAUAUGUGCAGAUGUCUAACGGAACUGCGGCCAUUAUAAAUAAUGUAAUGCAGCCAGUUAUGCAGCAUCCAGUAAAGUACACCAUCGUCACUGAAAACGGCCACAAUGGCGAUACUGGUGAAGUACGCAUCAUAACAGAAGCUGAAAACGUACGAGCAAAUUCGAAUGCUUCUGCAGAGUCCUGUGGCUUACGCAUAUGUUUAUCUGAUGAAAAUCUGAACAGUAAACCCCAUUAUGAUGGUGGAAACACUAAAAUAGUAAUGAGAGAUGAUAAUAUCUCACCAAUAAUAAUCAAGCGUCGAAGAACAAAUUGUGAAGAACCUGAAAAAAAUAAAUUUCUUGCAGAAGCAAGUGUUUUACAUACGCCACCAUCUCCAUUAUCAUCGUCUCCUUCGCCAAUGUCAUUUGCAGCUAAAGUAGAACCAGGAUCUGUUGUGAUAGAACGAACUCCUAAAAAAAUUCUAUAUAAAUCAACAAUAACCAAACCAGUGCCUAUUAAAAACAAUACCAAUACCGCUCAAGGCUUUAUAACACCAAAAGCACAAAAUCGUGAGGGAGUGGAUUUGGAAGGUGUUAUGAUUUCUAUUGGUCCAAAUAAUACCCGUGUACCAGCUAAGGUAUUCGAAUCUAUUAAUUGGGCAUCAGCUUCGAUUGCCACACGCAAAUUGCUUAUGCAGAUCUUCGAUCGUGAAACUCUAGCUUCACAUUCGAUGACUGGAAAACCAUCACCAGCCUUCAAAGAUCACUGCAAACCAUUGAAAAAAAUGUUGAAUCCAUUAAUUAUAGCAGACGUCAUCUUUGCUGUAACACGUAAAUGCGGCGUCUCGGAGAAAGAAGUACGUACUGCCAUAACUACAAAAUGUGCAGAUGAGAACAAGAUGCGAAAGCUACAGAUAAUAAAACAAAAUCGCACCCUUCGAGAAAUCAACAAAGAGAAUGUAACAGAACCUAAUAGAAAUUAAAAUUAAUAUCCGAUUUAUUUAUUUAAGUAAUUAGAAAUUUUUAAACGUUGUAUAAUUACUUAAAGUAAUACUAAUUUUUAUCUGAAUCAAUGCCUGAAGGGCUUGAUAAAAAAUCAUUUCAAUGAAACCAAAUUAUAAUAAAAUAUAGAGUUUGAUUACAUAUACUAUAUAUAAUAGUCAAAAAGUAAGUCUUUUUUGUACAAUAUGUAAACAAAGUUUAUAUAAAAGAUAAAAGUAAAAAAAAUUAUGCAUAAGUAAAAAAUGUGUGAGUAAAAUGUGAGAGAGAGAGAGUAAGAAAAACUAAUUUAAGAUACUCUUAUGCAGGUUGUAGAAUUUUUGCCUAUAUAUCCGUACUUUAAGUUUUAAAAAAUUAAGAAUAUGAUUUAUUGAAUAUAAGAAAAAACUUUAUUUAGAAAAUUAAUAUAAAAAAAUAAUUGCUAAUACUGAUAGGGAACUACAACCAUGCCAUUUGGACCAGAAAAAAUAAUUUAAAAUGUAUAAUAUUAAUACAUG